GACACGAUUAAAGCCAAUAGCGCUCAAUGACAUUCGCGUAUAAAUAAGCACCCAAAAAUGUUUGGUUUUUGUAGUUUCGCUCGUAGGCGCUUCGUUAAGUGGAAACCGGUCGGCAGUUAAGCAAAAAUGACAUUCAUGUUCGUGAUGGUACUUGUGGCAUCGAUGAUGUCAUCAAUUACAGCAACGCCUGUUAUAACUCGUAAUGCCGACAACUGGUUGGAGGGUUUCGUAGCAGGUGAACCGUUAACUGAAGAAGAAUUGCAAAGCGAUUUUUCCAGCCUAGCUCGAGAAAUGGCUGGUGAUGGAUUUAUUCCAUGGGAGAAACAACAUCCUGAGCUGCUUGAAGGUGACAUUAUGAUAUCGGGAAGCAAAAAUGCUAUUCUUAACCAGAAUGCUCUGUGGCCAAAUAAAGUCAUUCCUUACGUCAUCGCAACAACUUUUACGGCUGAGCAGCGAAAUAUCAUUGCGUUUGCCAUGAGUACCUAUCACAACAAAACAUGCAUUCGCUUUGUUCCACGAACUACCGAAACAAAUUACAUCUCGAUCUUCAAGAGUGGACAAGGCUGCUGGAGCUACGUGGGUAUGAUCAACAAUGGCGCUCAAGGUGUGAGUUUGGAUGAUGGUUGCGUUGUUAGUUGGGCACCUGGAGUCGUUAUGCACGAGCUGAUGCACACGGCUGGAUUCUGGCACGAACACAUGCGUCCCGAUCGCGAUACAUACGUUUCAAUCAACUUGAAUAAUGUUCUUGAACGAUAUCGAGGCAAUUUCGAUAAGCUUUCAACAACACAGGUUACAAUUCUAGGACUGUCUUACGAUUAUGGAUCUGUAAUGCAUUAUCCGAAGGGAGCGUUUGCUAUUGACCCUAGCAUUCCUGUCAUCACAGCUUUGAUCGGCACUCCUGUCAUAGGACAACGAGCAGGAUUCAGCACGUUGGACGUUCAAAAACUCAACAAAUUGUACAACUGCGCAUCAUCCAGUUGUGGAUCGGGUUAAGAAAUCUUCAGAAUUGAAAAAAUUGGCAAAAAAAAAUUUGUAUUAACAAUUUCAAUUUUGAAUACUUUGUUUUCGAAUUAUUGUUAACUCGUGCGGUAUACGCUGAGUGGAAUGAUUUAAUUUGUGAUGGGAUUUAAUUUGUAAUUUAAAAUAUACAUCAAUAUUAUUUGGGCAAA